AAUUUUGUAUUCAAUAAGAACGCAACAAUGAGUAAGGAAGAAAUAAAUUGUACAUUUGCAAUAGUAGGUGGUGGUAUUGCAGGAGUAUCUUGUGUUGAAAGCAUAGGUUUCCUUGCACCAGAAGAAAGUACUGUUUUAAUUACAGCAAGUCCUUUAAUAAAGGCAGUUACAAAUAUAAUUCCUCUUGGUAAAACUUUAAUGCAGUUUAACGUGGAAGAGAAGGAUAUAGAAACUUUAACAAAUACACGCAAUUCUUUAAUAGUUAUUCACGAUUUUGUAGAGAAAGUAAAUACCACAAAUAAGCAACUUGAGACAAAAAAUGGAAGAAUCAUACAUUAUAAAAUGUUAUGUCUUUGUAAUGGUGCUAGGCCUAAGCUUGUAGCAGAAUGUAAUAAUUUUGUAUUAGGAAUAAGAGAUACAGAGUCAGUUGUUCAAUUUUCUCAAAAAAUAAAAUCUUCAAGAAAAAUUGUAAUAAUUGGAAACGGAGGUAUUGCUACCGAAAUUAUACAUGAAGUGGAUGGCAUUGAGAUGGUAUGGGUAAUUAAAGAUAAACAUAUUUCUGCAACAUUUAUUGAUCCUGGAGCUGCAGAAUUUUUUGUAGAUAAGGUAUACAGAACCAAUACAUCUACAAAUGUUAAUACAAAUACUGUGACAAAGAGGAUGAGAUACACAAUAUCUGAUCCUACAGCUGUAAAAGCUGGUCCAGCUUUGGGUCCAGAUUGGCACAAUAAUUUUGAUAUAAAAGGUACUUAUUUGAAAGCUUCAAAAGUACAGAUAGAAUAUGAGUGUGAAAUGAUUAAGAUUCUUAAUGAAUCAGAAAAAAAAGAAUUUGAUCCUAUGCAAGAAUGGCCUGUGUAUGUUGAACUAACAAAUGGAAAGAUUAUUGGUUGCGACUUUAUUGUGUCAGCAACAGGUGUAAUACCAAAUACCAAUAUAACAGGUUUAGAAGAUAUUACAAAAGGAGAAGAUGGAGGUCUGUUGGUAGAUUGGAAACUAGAGACUUCAAAGCAAGAUGUAUAUGCUGCAGGAGAUGUAUGCAGUGCAGGAUGGGAAAUAGCGAAACAUUGGUUUCAAAUGAGAUUGUGGACUCAAGCUCACCAAAUGGGACGAUAUGCCGCUAAAUCAAUGGUUUCAAAAUUAAGAAAUGAAGAGUUUUUGCAAGAUUUUUGUUUUGAACUUUUUACUCAUGUUACUAAAUUUUUUGGUUACAAGGUAGUUUUACUUGGUUUAUUUAAUGGACAAAAAUUGGAUAAUAAAUAUGAAAUACUGUUACGUAUGACUAAAGGACAAGAAUACAUAAAACUCAUUCUGGAGAAUGGCAAAAUGCAAGGAGCAGUGUUAAUUGGGGAUACUGAUUUAGAAGAAAUGUGUGAGAAUUUAAUACUUAAUCAAUUGGAUUUGAGUGACUAUGGCGAAGAUUUAUUAAAUCCUGAUAUUGACAUUGAAGAUUAUUUUGAUUAAUCAUAUACAGUAAUUUUUGUGUUUAUUUCAUGUAGCAUUGUUUAUUAUAAACAGUACAAAAUAUUCAUAUACAUUUGAAAUUUUAAUUGCAAUUUCUAUUUAUUAUCAGUCCAUGACAUGUAUUGUACAAAAUAUACAUGAAAUAUUUGCAUUCAUAAGAAACAAGUACCGAGUUAUGUACCAUGUAACUAGUACUACAAGUCCCAUGUUAAAAAAAAAAAUUAUUUUGAAAAAUUAAUAACAUAAUUUUACACAUUUUAUAAAAACUUAAGUUCAUAUAAGAAAUAGAAACAUUCUACAAGUCAGAUCU